AUGUCCAACAACAACAAUGUACAUCAACAACAUCACCUAUCACAAUCAAUCAAUCAAUCAUCAUCAUCAUCAUCAUCCGGACCAGACCUCAGACGAGAGUAUUAUGUACGUGAAUUCGAUGUUACGCUUGCCGGUACCAAGGAACCAACCUCUGUUCAAUACUUUAUCAACGGUGUCAACGAACCAAUAUACUUCCCCGAUCGCACCCUGGCCGCCCUAUUCCACUGCAAUCUGUCCACAUUGCGCGGACGAUUCAAUCGUCUGACCAAAGACCCAAUCUACAAUGGGCAUCGUGUGCUCAUCAGUGAGAAGUCCAAGACCCGUCUAUCCACCUACCACUAUAUCAACUGGGGCAAGCGACCAAGUAUCUCUGGCUCGUCCUCCUCCUCAUCCACCGGCCUCAUAGUGUCUCCUCCAACAUCCCUGUCCAACAAUAGUGACGACCUGUCCCCGCUUCCAACUCCGUACACUCUAUCUCCAGCUGCCUCUCCAACUUUGAACUCUGCGACAACUACCAAGACCCCAACGACUUCCACUACGACCACAACAUCGGCAGGCAGUUCACCUCUCCAUGGCCUGGUGGCACUGAAUCACUUCAAAUUGGUCAACAUUGCACUAUCUGAAUGGAUCGCGGCCAACUAUGAUCGAUUGGGCACACACAUCAACAUCAUCAUUGAGAACUUUCAAAAGUGUCAAAUACCUUACCGUCGAGUCGGUGACGUAUUGUCCAUCGUGGUGGAGCAGAAGGAGGACCUACACGUCUACGGCAUGAACGCAUCUGGCAAUGUUGGUAUGAUGGGCUCACUGCCAUUCUAUCAAAGGACACCCGCACUAUCAUUCAGCAAUGGUGGAGGAGGGCAGUCUCCAGGCCUCAUGACUACCGACUACUCUCCCCAGUCAUCUCCAACCACUCAAUAUUCAUACUUGACACAAUCGUCCAGUUCGUCAUCAUUAUUUGGAGAUUUCUUAGACAAUGGGUACGACAACUCAAGUUCAACAAUGACAUCACCUCGAGAGUAUGCCAGUCCACAACUGCCUCCACCCCUUCGUUUGAGCUCAUCGGACAACUCAAUCUCAAACAACAACAACUACAAUGGCAUAGGCAACAAGUAUAGACCAUCGACAUCAUUGAAUGGUUACUAUGACACAAUACAAAGACCAACACCGUAUCGUUGUGGUAGUGGCAGUGGCAAUGGCAUUGGCAGUGGAAGUGGAAGUAGUGGCAAUCAGAUAUCACCACGUGGAUUGAAGGGUGGCCACUCCAGUCCACAUUAUCAUCCAUAUGGAUCGAAUGGACCAUAUAAACCAUCAACACCAUUUCAAACAGUCAUUGAGGAGAGGCUAUCACCAGACUCGCGACACAUCGAGGUGAUUGAUCAAGUGCCAUCAUCCUGUGAUAACAGUCCACUAUUACGUCCUGAUGACAGAGAUAUAUUCGACCUUCAUCAUCAAUCGAGGAACAACAACAACAACAAUCACAAUUCAUCAUACGGACUUAAUGGAACAUCUGCAUUCAAUACACACCAAUUCCAUGUCAAACCAACUGGAUAUCCAUUCAAUGAUAUCCACCAUUUCAACAACAAUAACAACAAUCACAAUUCAACUACGACAACAAUGGUGCCAUUUAACUACAAUCACAAUCAUAUUAUCCCUGGGCCAUCAACCCUGAAAAUAUCACCAUCCAAGAAGUUGGCACCAUUCCUACUCCAGAACGAUUCACCGCCACGCCCUCACAACGUCAGCAAGCCAGACAUCCCGAAACUAUCAUUCAACAGGAAACAAGAAUGUCUCGAAGGUCAAGGUGAUACAUGGGUGGACUGUAAUAGCCCAUCAUCCUCCAUCUCCAUCUCCACCAACAACCAGUCAUAUGACAACCGACCAUCAACUGUAAAUACUACAACUACUUCAUCAACAUCAUCAAACUUUGACAUCAAGAAUAUACUCAAUGAUCAAUGA